UAUAUGUUUUCAGUUUAAGUCACGUGGUGACGCGGAUUAGCUCGAACUGUCAGUUGUAAUUUUUGAUAUUUGUUUGGUUAUGGUUUUUGUAUAAUUUAAUGUUUUAAAUUAAAUAAAAUGAGUGAUCGCAAAUACUCAGAUGUGGAUUCAUCUGAUGAUAAUGAAGAAGAAAAAAGGUUAGAAGAAAAUAAAAGAAGAUCAUCUAUUUUCCAGUCACGUGCUAGUCAACGCCACUUUGAUGUUGACUCUCAGGAUGAAUCAGAAGCUCAAGAAGGUAACGCUCAAAAAGAACCCGACGAGUUUAAUUUGGAGGAAUACGUUAACUCGUUAAAAGCAGAGUAUGAAGAAUGGAAAAAAACAUUGAAAGAGAGAAAACACCAACGUCGAUUACUUGCGAAGCAAGAAGAAGCUCUAAAAGGUGGAGUUGAACUUGACUUUAAUGUACUUACGGAAUCAGACCGUGAAUUUAUUCAAGCGCGUCCUAAUUAUGGAGCGAUUUGUGAAAAAAUUAAUGACGUCAUGCCAAUAGCGGUUAAAGUCGCUCAGGGAAAUAUUGAAAUAAAUCAUUUAAACGAUAAUUUGCAACAAUUGCUUGGAGAAAAAAUCAAAGAAUCAAAUAUAAAAAUAAUUAAAAAAUAUAAACAAAUAACAAAUGAUAUUAAACUCUGA